UGGUGCGACGCGUGCGCUGUGUCCUGGUGUCCCAGCCCGUGGCUAGUGCGCCUGCGCCUGGCCCAUUGCGAAGUUUGCGAGCCUGUUUCAGAUUUCCAAAUCGAUUUGCGAGUCGCCCCGCUUCUGAUGAGGCCCCGCGGCUAAUCGCGCAGCCCCAGUGCCGGCAACGCUCCGCCGUCGGCUGCCCCCACGUCUGCCCUUCCGAAGUGGCCACUCGGCAGGCGGCCGCGCUGUCCAGGGGGUCUGAGCGGCUGAAAAACGGGCCUUCGACUCCCUCCGACGGCCAUCUUAGUUUUGACCGACCGCGGUUUUCAGGUGAUGGCCCAAAACUGAAGACCGCCGCGUACGCCAUGCCCGCCGUAGCCAGGCCGGGCAGCCUGAAGGACCCGGAGAUCGCGGAGCUCUUCGAGCGCGGCGAUCCGGAAAAGACUUUCGAGGACCUGCGUGAGAUCGGGCAUGGCUCUUUCGGCGCCGUGUACUAUGCGCGGCACGUGCCAACCAGGGAGAUCGUGGCCAUCAAGAAGAUGUCCUACCUGGGAAAGCAGUCGGCCGAAAAGUGGCAGGACAUCCUUAAAGAGAUUCGCUUCCUGCGCCAGCUCAGCCACCCCAAUACGAUCGAGUACAAGGGCUGCUACCUGCAUGACAACACGGCCUGGCUGGUCAUGGAAUACUGCGUCGGCAGCGCCUCGGACAUCCUUGAGGUGCACAAACGACCCCUGAUGGAAGAGGAGAUCGCAGCCAUCUGCGAGGGUGUCCUCAGGGGUCUUGCCUACCUCCACUCAAUGGGCCGCAUUCACAGGGACGUCAAAGCAGGCAACAUACUGCUCACUGAGAACGGCGUUGUCAAAUUAGCUGAUUUUGGUUCUGCGGCAACCAAAUGUCCUGCCAACUCUUUUGUGGGUACUCCAUACUGGAUGGCGCCAGAGGUGAUUCUGGCAAUGGAUGAGGGACAGUACGACGGCAAGGUGGACGUCUGGUCCAUGGGCAUCACAUGCAUAGAGUUGGCCGAGCGCAAGCCGCCCUAUUUCAACAUGAACGCGAUGAGUGCCUUGUAUCACAUUGCUCAGAACGAGUCGCCGCAACUGCAGGCGGCCGAAUGGACCGAUGUCUUCAGACACUUUGUUGACGCUUGCCUGCAUAAGAAUCCGCAGGACAGACCCACCUCUUCCAGACUCCUUUCACACCAAUUGGUCACACGGACCCGCUCACCAACCGUGUUGAUCGACCUUAUUGGUCGCACCAAGGCCGCCGUGCGUGAUCUCGACAACCUCAAUUACCGCAAAAUGAAGAAAAUCUUAAUGGCCGAUGAAAACGACGCAGGUGCCAGUGAUGAGGGCAAGAGCAACUCUGUUACCUCCGAGCACAGUCUGCACUCGGUGGCCGCUUCCGUGGCAUCGACAGGCUCCAACAGCAGUUUGGCCAAUCCCGAGGCACCUCCUGUUCCGCCACACGCUUCCACGUCCGAAGAGCUAAUUCCAAUGAGGCCGCAUGCCUCCAACUUUGCCACUAUCAGGACGACGUCAAUUGUGACCAAACAACAAAAAGAACAUAUGCAGGAGGAGAUGCAUGAGCAAAUGUCGGGAUACAAGCGUAUGCGGCGUGAACACCAAGGUGCUCUGCUUAAACUUGAAGAGCGGUGCAAGGUUGAAAUGGAGGGGCACAAGCAAGUGCUAGACAAGGAGUAUGAAGCUCUGCUGAGUCAAUUCAGCAAAGAGCUGGAACGACUCACGCAGCGCCACCAGCAGGAGCUCGAGCGGCGCCUAAAAGCGAAUGUUGCGGCCGAACGAAGGUUGCUGAAAGACAUCACCACAAGGCAGGAGGCGGACCGAAAAGCUUUUGAGACCCAAAAGAAGAGGGAGUACAAGGCGAGUAAAGAGCGCUGGAGGCGGCAGAUGGAUGACGAGGCAACACCCAAGAGACAGAGGGACGCUGCUCUGGCCUCCCAAAAGGAGAACCACAAGCAGGUCGAGGCUCAGGAGGAGCAACGUUUGGUGCGUGGGCAGAAGGAUUACCUGGAGCUGGAAAUGAGGAAGCUGCGUCGUAAGAAGCUGCUGCAAAUUCAACAUCUAGAAUUGGAGUUGUUACGAGAGGAGUUGGUAAAACGGCAACAGCAGCUUGAGACGGCACAUUCGAUGUUGCUCAGACAUCAUGAGGCCACCCAAGAGCUCGAGUAUCGCCAACAGAGAGCCGUGCAUGCGUUGCGAGAGGAGCAGGUAUCUCGACAACACCAAACUGAGUUAAAUUCGCAACGAGAGUACAUGACUCGGACAGAGCGGGAACUUCGAAAGAAACAUGCAUUGGAGCUUAAGCAGCAGCCAAAGAGCCUAAAACAGAAAGAGGCACUGAUUAGGAAGCAGUUCCGCGACACAUGCAAAAUCCAGACACGGCAGUACAAGGCUUUAAAGUCUCAUAUCCUCCAGACCACGCCAAAGGAAGACCAAAAGGCAGUCAUAAAGAAGCUCAAGGAAGACCAGAUGCGGAAGCUUGCGCUGCUCGGCGACCAGUACGAGCAGAGCAUUGCAGAGAUGCUACAGAAACAGUCAAUCAGACUGGACGAAAGCCAGGAGGCUGAAUACUCUCGACUGAAGGAGCGUCUCGAUUAUGAGAUGGAAAUGUUGAUGGCCUACCAGUCGAAGAACAAGAUGCAGGCUGAGGCGCAGCGAAAUCGUGAACGCAAGGAGCUCGAGGACCGUGUCAGUGUGCGUCGCGCCCUGCUUGAGCAGAAGAUGCACGAAGAGAGCCUGCAGUUUAAGCAGGAGCGGCACGAGCGACUGCGCAUGUUGCAGGAGCGACAUGAUAAGGAUCUUGACUCUUUUGACGAAGAGUCCGCUCGCCUCGGAUUCAGUGCGCUCGCGAUUGCCGAGAGCUCAAAGGAGGCGUACGAGGAGGAGAGCCUGAGCGGCAGCAUGCUCAGCCUAGCCCAUAGCAACAGCUCCUCCUCCUUCCCCCUGUGAUCGAGAAGUGACACUCAGGACUAGUCUCAGUGAUAUACUCACUCACUCCAGGACACUUGACUUGAAUCAAAGUGCAGUGCAUCUAUCCCCAGCAUAAUAAGCAAGCAAACAAACGAAUGCAGCGUCAAUCAAUAAAAAUCACAAUUGCAGUGAACAACGGUGCUCCAUU